AUGCUGAUUGCUUUCUCCAACUUUUACGGGGUCUGUUCUAUAGCAGUGGCGGAAUUGAGGGCCCUCCGAGAUGGCCUUAAAUUAUGUGCUGAUAUAGGUCUUGCUGGUUGCCAAGUCAGCUCUGACUCUGCAACCACGGUGCAGUUUAUCACUCACAAAGCAUGUAGCUUGUGGAACUGUUGCUUCCUUUUCCAAGAGGUCAUGGACUUGGUUGAAUCCCUAGGGGUUAAUAUUUGCUUCACUUAUAGGGAGAGUAAUAGAGCAGCAGAUUUCUUGGCAAAUUUGGCUUGCUCAAGGACUGAAAACUCUGUGUUUCGCUCAGGGGAUGUUAUUCCACAGGAACUCCAGAGGAUCAUGAGAGAGGAUAGAGCGGGUCUCCUUGUGUUGCGUAUGUAG